AUAGACCAUUCUUCGGUGAGGGAUAUGUUAAAGUUCAUUUUGUCCCUCAUGUUUCCUGUGUCCAUUGGGCGGGACCUUUCUUUCACUCUAUGAAUGAAUUGAUCGUGUUUUGUGUAAUGAAAAAUUUUCACACCGUCCUUCGAGAUUGAUUUUUUUCACUGGAUUUGCAAUCGACGCCUUAUCCCUAUGUAUUUAUUCCAUCGUUAAAGGAUUGAAUUUUUCCAUUGAUAAGGAAUGGUUCUUAUGUUUUGUCGUAUGUUCUGUGGCAGUGCCCGGAAUAUGUUUCUUCUUUGAUAAGUAAUUGUAAACUCGAAACCCGUUGUAUUUACUUAGCUACGAGAUUCUCCGUUAUACAGCACAGGAAACCUACUGACUACCGAAACCCGCUGUUAUUUAAAUGGAUUAGAGAAGUACCUGUAUGCUUGGAAAUGUAUAUAUCCGGAAUUAUACCAUUAGUUCUGCCUGUAUAUAUUUGACACAGUUUGACAAUACCUGGAAUUUGUUGAAUUUUAUUGUUGAAGAUUUUGUGAGCUGAAUUGCCUUUUAGGAUUCCUGGCGAUGUCAAUACAUACAGUGAACUUCUUUGAUAGUUGGUGAAUGGAUUGAAGACGUGUGGACGAGAUUUAAAGUGCUAGACAACAAAGAGGAAUUAAUAUUUGAGCACAGUGGAUGGAUGCCGAUGUUGACUCCAUGGGUUCACAACAAUGUUAAAGUAUUCGGUUACAAGUGAUGAAGGCUCGUUCUCUCCAAACCCUGCUUACCACGAACACACAGAAACUCAUUUAAUGAAGGACACAAUUGACGUCAACAUCAAUCCAAGGUCGCGUGCAAAAAUGGUGAUGAAGAAACGUGCAAAGCAGGUUCAGAGAAGAGGAGGAGACUUUUCAUUUUUCCCGCCAAUUUCUAGGACUCCCAACAAUCAGCGUAAGGAGGUCAUUACACCGUAUGUUAACCAUAUAGACGCAGAAUCGCCGUAUAUUAAUUCAUUGGGAAUAUCACGUGUUCAUGACGUCACGACACCGUAUGUUUUACAUAGCCAAUAUUCAAAACACGACGUCUCGUCACCCAUGCCCCAGAAGGAGCAUACGAGGGUCUCAAAUCUCUCUCGUAAUAACGCAGGAACCCCCCAGAAUCAACCCCAGCAUAAUGUAGUGGAAAUUACUAGAAUUAGAAAAGACCAAUCGUUUUCUCACGAAAGUAUUAACAAAAUUGGUGCUUCCUCUCCAUUCAUAGAAAGACGGUCUCGGUUAGAUCAUCGUCGAAAGUUAACGAAAGAGAAUGCAAAUCAACAUACGUCUCGAAACCACGUGCAUGAUACAGACAAAAACGCAAAGUUGCAGGUUCAGAGUAAUCAAAUGGGACUAGUGCAAAGGACCGAGCGCCACAAGUCUUUCCACGACUACAGCCGAGCCAGAAACGAGGAACAGUUCUCUAUCAGGAAGAAAAUAGAGCAGUUCCGGAAAUGGCACGAGGAACAGUAUAAAGACAAGCUGAAGAGAUUGAAAGAAGAGGUAGACAAUCAGUACGAAGUCGAGAACAUAAAGGCUCAAACCUCCAGGGUCGGUAGUCACACACCGCAAGGCAAUGUAUCGGUGGAAAAGAGAGAACGGCCAGAAAAGAAAAGAAAACCCGAACCACAAAAAUCGUCUUCCAGUGAACAAACCCCGGUUCUGAAUGGAGAUAAUUUACCAAGCUCUGUGGACGAAAAAGCGAGUUCCGAACGGACUUGGCACACGUGGCGUGACGUCAACGAUUCCUACGCGUACUCUGACGUGAAGCAGUACAUAGAGGAAAACGAACUGAUGACGAAAGAGAAGGAGGAGUGGAUAAAGAAAUGGGUCAUCGAUGUUGACAAAGCGAUGAAACAAGAGACAGACGGUACCUCUCAAGUGUGAUCCACAUAUAAGCUUACUGUGAUAAAAACUUAUUGUGAUAUAUUCAUGUAUUCAGUUUGAUUGAUCUCUGUAGAGAUUCCGUCAUCAGUCCAAAACUACAGUAUUAUCUCAGAUAUUUUGGAAAGUGGUGCAAAAGGACACCCGGAUUCCUGUAUUUUUCUUCCUUACCUAAAAGUUUUGCCCACAACGAAAAUAUAUGAGAAGAUUGUAAAAUAUAACCGUUUACUUGAAUAAGCAAUGUACAAUGUAAGCAAAGAAAGCGAUAUGUAAUUUAUUAGUAAAUACAUAUUUAAUGAAAUGUUGAUGCACAUUCUUACCUUACUGAAUUUCUUAAUAUAAAUAUGAACUAAUUAUAUGAAAACUUUAUUUUAUUGAGUUUGUUUUAAAAAAAAUAUAUUGUUAAAUAAAUUAUUGUUUGCACAAGGCGUUUGU